AUGAGGGGCUGCGGAGCCGCGCUGCGCCUCGCCAUUGAGGGCAACAUCGCCGUGGGGAAGUCCACCUUCGUCAGGCUCCUUGGAAGGACGUUCCCAGAGUGGCACUUGGUGAUCGAGCCCGUGGCUCAAUGGCAGAAGGUUCAGGCUGCGGGCACGAAAGAGGCUCCCUCUGCCCAGGGCUUUGGCAACCUGCUCCAGCUGCUCUACCAGGAGCCAUCCCGAUGGUCCUACACCUUCCAGACCUACUCCUGCAUGAGCCGACUCAAGGCGCAGCUGGAGCCGCUUGCGGAGAGGCUGCUGAAGAGCCCGGAGCCCGUGCAGGUUUUUGAGAGAUCUGUGUACAGCGACAGGUACGUGUUUGCCAAAAGCCUCUUUGAGGCCGGCCACCUGGACGCUCUGGAGUGGGCCAUCUACCAGGACUGGCACAGCUUCCUGCUGCAGGAGCUCGCGGAGCGCGUCGCCCUGCACGGCUUCCUCUACCUGCGGGCGGCUCCGGAGAAAUGCCUGGAGAGGCUGCGCCGCAGGGGGAGGCCCGAGGAGAAGGGCAUCCAGCUGGACUAUCUGCAGCAGCUUCACGCUCAGCACGAGAGCUGGCUGGUGGAGAGGACCACAGAGGUGCAUUUUGCGGGAUUAAGGGGCGCCUCCGUCCUGGUGCUCGACGUCGACCGGGAUUUCGAGCAUGACGCCGCUGUGCGGGAUGUCCUCAUGGCCAAGGUGGAGGCUUUCGUCCGGACACUGCGAUCCGAAGCUUUGCCCUCCCGUCCCGACGUUCCUGUGGGAGUUUAGCUCCUCGGAGACUUCUCGACCCACCGGAGACGAAAGGGAGCCGUGGGACGGUUGGCGUCGGCCUCGGGAGGCGGCGCCGGCGCUCCCGGGCUCGUGGCCGAGGGAUGCGGCUGCUGGAGGCUUGGGAGGCAGGGAGGCCUCGGCAUGGAAUGUGUGGGCGCCGGAGGGAAGGGCAUUUGGGAGAACGGAUCCUUGGAGGAGCUGCUGGCCGUGCUGGGGCUGAGCUUGGAGUUUGGGAUGCUGACCCCGAGGAUGGGGUAGAUCAUGGGGGCUCUGCUGCCGUCUCCCGCUGACAUUUGAACCUCUUCCCAGAAUUUUUGUAAUCCGAAGCAAAUAAUAAUGAUUUUCCCAAAGCGAGGAGGUGGCCAGAGCUGCCCGAAGCCGCGCAGGAGGCGAUGGAGCCUCCCCCCAAAGCAGCGGAGAUGCCUCCGCAGGGACGUUCACCAGGAAGGGGGCGAGGGAGCGUCCGGCUUCUCGGGAUCAGCCCUUCCCGCCCCUGCAUCCCGGCGCGGGAGCCUCCGUCCCUGCCAUGUGCGACGUGCAGGGAGGCCUCGCGCCGCGGCGCCUUCCACAUCUGUGCGUGUUUCCCGGGAACGUUGGAGGAGCAGAUGCUUUUGUGAUGUGGAUUUAAUGCCCUGGUUGAAUUCCAAAGGAAAAAUCUCCGU